AUGACGGUCACGACGACAACGACGACAUGGUUGAAUAAGCGGGCAUAUCUGACGGAGGACACAAACAACACCAACGUCGGCUUCUUUAAUUUCGUCACCUUCGAACUGCUGUACGCGAUCGUCCCGGUGAUGACUUUCAUCGACCUCUUGACACUGUUCCUCCGAGUUGCGUCGAUACGAGAGCGUCGGUCACGACCCCAAGCCGACGAUUACUCUGCCAUUCUUGCUUCUCUGUUUGCUAUUGCGACGGGAGUGAUUGUUCUGUAUGGUGCUGUCAAGCGCGUCACUGGUCGGCACGAUUGGGAUCCAUGGCCUCUGCCAGAGGGACCUUGGCCACGGAGUGAUUACACAUUGGACACCAAGGACACUGACCAUCCAGUAUUUAAUCCGCUGUACGCCAUUCAUGUGCAGAUCAACUACAUCCUGAACUGCCUGCAAGGCGUUGGGAUCGGAGUGGUGCGACUAGCGUUCUUGUUCCUCUUCCGGAAGCUCUUCCUCUACCAGGGGCGGGGAUACAUCAUUCUCAUCGACGCCCUCAUCGGAGCCGUGACCCUGUUCAUGCUGGCGUACACCGGGACACAGGUCUUCGUUUGCGGGGUACAUCCGACGGCGCAAUGGACGAACCACGAAAUAGCAGCCGAAUACUGCUUCACAAAUGUCACUUACAACUUUGGUGUUAGCAUCGUCACUGUCGUCCUCGAUGUGACUGUGUUCUUGCUGCCCAUGUACCCUCUUCUGAGGAUCACACAGACGAGAGAAGAGGAAUUAUAUUCUGGUGGUCUUCUGCUUCGGAUUCCUUCUGCUUAUCCAGACGCGCGGGACUGCUCCUUCACGCCACAAAUCCUGCACCACAGACUCACGCGAGGUUACUUUAGGGCCGUGGUGUCGUCCAUCUUCAGCUUGGUUCUUGCUACUCCGUUUUUCCUCUACCAAGAUAGUUAUAUCUACACCUGGUUGCGUGAUCAUGGAGCUGGUGAUGGAGACGCAUUCGGCUGGUCCGGAACUACAACAUUUUGGUCGUACAUGGAACUAGCUGUCGGCGCAGCCGUGUGCAACUUACCGAUCAUAUCACGAUUCCUGAUUCGCAGAUGGUGGGACGUGUCAAAACAAGCCACCGUCCAGACCAUGAACCAGAUCGUGACCCGAAAACUAUGGGCGCGCGAUCACGCGCCGGAAUCAUACGCAUUACAGAGCGACACCUUGCCAAUAUACGUGGCGAAAACACGGUCGGGAGCCACAGAAACGACCAACAAGUCGGAACAAGAGAGUUCUGGACAAAAAUAUAAUUACCAUGGAUACGUCCGUGAUGUCGAAAGUAAUGACCACUGGCCGGAACACGACGGAAAUGCCAGGAUAGGCACAGCCCUAUAG